GCAUUACCUAAAAAUCAACUCGUCGACGUCACCGUGUCCGACAUAAUCGGUUUCUUUAACUCCCGACAUUUUGACGUUUUCCUCUAAUAUUUUAUCUUACAAGAACUAGUUAAAACACAUCAAACAACUAUGGAUGAAGAAUAUGACGCGAUCGUUUUGGGUACCGGCCUUAAGGAAUGCAUUCUAAGUGGAAUGUUAUCGGUGUCGGGAAAAAAGGUUUUACACAUUGAUCGUAAUAAGUACUACGGUGGUGAAUCGGCAUCAAUUACUCCAUUAGAAGAAUUGUUCGCGAAGUUUAACGCACCUGCACCUGAUGAGACCUACGGCCGAGGUCGCGAUUGGAAUGUCGACUUGAUUCCAAAAUUUCUGAUGGCCAAUGGCUUAUUGGUAAAACUACUGAUCCAUACGGGCGUCACCCGGUAUUUGGAGUUUAAAUCUGUAGAAGGGAGUUAUGUAUACAAAGGUGGUAAGAUAUCAAAAGUGCCGGUCGAUCAAAAGGAGGCGUUGGCUUCUGAUCUGAUGGGAAUGUUCGAAAAGAGGCGUUUCCGAAACUUCUUAAUUUAUGUUCAAGAUUUUCAGGAGGAAGACAGUAAGACCUGGAAAGACUUCGACCCCAGUACAGCUAAUAUGCAAUCCCUCUAUGACAAGUUUGGUCUAGAUAGGAACACGCAAGAUUUUACUGGCCAUGCACUGGCUCUUUAUCUGGAUGAUAAUUAUUUGCAGCAGCCGGCCAUCCAGACUAUCCGUCGCAUAAAGUUGUAUUCUGAUUCCCUUGCCCGGUAUGGAAAGUCUCCCUAUCUAUAUCCAAUGUAUGGAUUGGGUGAACUACCUCAAGGUUUUGCACGGCUUUCAGCCAUUUAUGGAGGCACCUACAUGUUGGAUAAGCCCAUUGAUGAGAUAGUUCUUGGGGAAGGAGGUAAAGUCAUUGGUGUACGUUCUGGCAAUGAAAUCGCCAAAUGUAAACAAGUCUACUGUGACCCCAGUUAUGUUCCUGAGAGGAUUCACAAAAAAGGAAAAGUUAUUCGGUGCAUAUGCUUGUUAGAUCAUCCCAUUACCAACACAAAAGAUGCUUUGUCUACCCAGAUUAUCAUUCCUCAGAAGCAAGUAGGAAGAAAUUCCGACAUCUAUGUUUCCUUGGUUUCUUACACCCACCAGGUGGCUGCUAAGGGUUGGUUUAUUGCUAUGGUUUCGACCACUGUUGAGACUAAUGACCCAGAGAGUGAAAUAAAACCUGGUCUAGACCUGUUGGGUCCAAUUAGACAAAAAUUUGUCUCCGUGUCUGACUAUUAUGAGUCUACUGAUGAUGGAAGUCAAAGUCAAAUCUUUAUUUCAGAAUCAUAUGAUGCGACUACGCACUUUGAAACCACUUGCUUAGAUGUCCUAAAAAUUUACAAACGCGGUACUGGAGAAGAUUUUGAUUUCUCUAAAGUGAAACUGGAAUUGGGCGAAGAGGAGCAGUAAUAAUUGUUCUCAUUUGUAUAUUGCUUGUUGAAAUUCAUAUUUGUUUAUAACGGCGAACAUGUUCAUUAGGGUUUCGGAAAUUAUGAAUUUGCGCUUAAUUAUUUUGCCGCAGAGUUAGUUCAGUAGAAUGCUCUGUAAUGCGAUACUCCCAGCAUCUAUUAUUUUUACCAAACUCCAAACGUAAGAAUUGUUAUCUAUAGGAUAUUUUCAUCUUCUAAGGAUGCUUUUAUAAUGUUUUAAGAUUUCAAAGGCAUGUAAUGAUCUGCACAAUGAGGUGUUCAGUUAAACUGCAUUUUGAUGCAUUCCAUUCUGGUAUUUGAUCAACUUGUAACCAUAUCAUAAUAAGUAAAAUGUCAAUGUACGAGUGCUCAUUAUACUCUCAAUGUUCUGUGUAAGAUCAUGAAUAAAGUUCAUUAUAAAAA